CUGUCGGCUGUUCCGGUGUAAUCGGUUCGUAGGACCAUCUGUGACACAUGUGUGUACCAAAAUCGAAAACGUCUGAUCGUCAAACUUGCAAUAAACUUGGACUAUUGUCACGAACGCUAGUGUGUCGAUUCAGUCGAGUUUGCAUUCGAUGCGGAGAGGGAUGUUACUCCUGUUGAGAAGCAGUGCGCUUCGGAACUCGCUACGCACAUCCGCCUUUUUCUUAUUCUUCGGAACUGUCCUGAUGAUGGCGACUACCUUAUUGGAAGGCACUUUUCGAGCGUUUAGAGAACUGCGUCACGAAGAAGAAUUAAAGUUCUUGUAUUUCAACAACGAAACUGGAACCGACCACUUUAUCGUGCCCAACAUUAUUCAUCUGAUUCGUUUCAACAAGACGGAAUUCUCUUUUGUCGACUAUAUCUGCACGCAGGCGGCUUUUCGUAACCACCGACCUGACCACUUUUACAUUCAUACCGACUCGCCAGGUGGUAAAUUUAAUGGCAAAUACUGGGAGCUGAUUGAACGCGAUCUCGAACUAAGAUCUCGCAUCCGCAUUUUGCCUCUGGAACCGCCGUCAGAGAUCUAUGGACAACAGCUCAAUCCUGAAUGGAGAUUGUAUCACGGUGGAGAUAUUGCCCGUAUACGUACCAUGAUGAAGUACGGUGGCAUUUAUCUGGAUAACGAUGUUUACGUGAUUCAAAAUCUAGACAAGUAUCGCAAAUUUGAAAUUGCCAUCAAUUGGGACGAGGGUCAAUUUCUUGGUACUCAGGUAAUUAUUGCCAAUCGGAAAGCUCGUUUUCUUCCAUUGUGGCUUGACUCUUAUCGAGAAUAUCAUCCGGAAAUAUGGUAUUACAACGCUGGGGAACGACCAACAGUAGAAAUUUUAUACAAGCAUCCGGAAUUGGUUCAUCGUGUCAAAGUGCAAUUCGGAGCUGAUUUCGAUCUAUCAUAUAAUCUCUAUACUUACAAAGAAUUCGAUUGGCGUGCGUUAGAUACCAUUCAUCUAAUGAUAAAUCAUCGUCAUUAUAUGGACCCUUAUUACAACGUAACACCGUUUUUUGAUGAAAAUAUUGUAAAAAAUUAUCCCUACCCAUUUGGUGGAAUGGCUCGGGAAAUGGUGGCGGCUUCUGGAAUGGAAAACUUUAUUGACAAAAAAAUUUAACUAUAUCUUCAUCGAUGUUUUCUGUUUUAAUUAUAGGUGUAAAUCGUCUCACAUAACCGAGCUAUAUAAGCCAAAAGUGAACACACAAUCGUCUCUGUAGCUCUAUUGACAUUGUUCCAAUUAUUCAAAUAGAAUAGAAAGUAGACACAGUUGCGUUGAAUAAAACCCAAUAGAAAAUGA